AAUCAAGUACCAUUGGCCUACUUCCAUCCUUCCAAACUCUCCUUUCUCUCUUCACUCUCGGUUCAAACCAGCUCCAGCCUUUUCCUACCUCUCUGUUUUAGCUCUCUAUUGGCUCUAAGCCAAAAAGGGGGCGGGGCGAGGGCAGGAGGUGAUUGGCUAAGGCAGAGAAGCACCACCCUACUCUUUUCCCUACCGAGCCCUCCCUGACUUAACAGCUGGAAUGAGGAGUAGGGAGGGAAACUAGGAUUGGCUGAGAGUCAGCAGCAGGGUGUGUCCAGGCAGCACAGAUGAAGCAUUUACCUGUCUAGGUAAGUCAGGAGGAGGUCAAAAGAAGAAAACAGUAGGAGCGGCAGCGGUGAGGCAAGCCGUCUCCAUCUCUGCCCUUUGGAGUACAAGAGUAUUCCUUUCUUCUCUUCAGACCCCAACCGAGAGGCCCAGCUUGGGACAUAAUCUUCACUUCCAUUCACUUCCCCUCUGGGGGCCCCCUCACCACCCCUGCCUGCGCCUUGCUUCAGGCGAUGCCCAAGAAGGAGCUUUGGCCAGCAGGGCCUUGCUCAGAACCUGUGACCCACAUCGGCAGCUGUGACCGCAGGAUGAGCACCACCUCCACCCACUCUGGAUCUACUGACACCAGCUACGACUUCUUGUCUGCUGAAGAGAAGGAGUGUCUGCUCUUCCUGGAGAAGACCAUUGGCUCCCUGGAGGCCGAGGCUGACAGUGGACUGUCCACAGACGAGUCAGAGCCAACCACCAGUCCUCGGAGCUUCAGAACACCACCCCUCACCCAGCAGACUCCCCAGGGAAACCCAGACGAGAUAGACUCUCAGCACGUUCCUGCACCAACUAGAGUAUCCCAGUUCUCCGGUCCUCCUGAGUCUCCUAGUCUGGGCCUCAGGUCUGGUUCCUACAGCCUUCCCAGAAACCUCCACCUUGGCAGAAGCCAGAACCGCAGGGAAAGCGCCACCCAGAUUAAUAGCCACAUAUCUGAAACAUCUGAGGUGUUCUUAGCAGAGCCUGAGAAAGGGCAGAGCAGCCAGGACGCUAAGGCCAUCCAGUCACCAGCCCCAUCCCACGACACUGCCCUUGACCUGAACACAGUUCUCAUUCCCCCACCGGAGGCUUUUCAAGACAGUCGACCAAAGCAAAGUGGGGAAGAGAGCCCACCUAAAGAACCAGGAGAGAAGAGACACACACCACAGGCCCAUACUGUGGUCAGCUCCCAGAAGAAAGAGGAAACAUCUUCAGAAACUAUGUCCCACAAAGCCACCGAGCAAGGUUGGACAGAAGGUUCACAACAACCCCAGCAGCCUCCUGACAAGUCAUCUCAGAACACAAGAGCUGAAGAGGCUCCCCUACCAUCAGGGGUCAAGCCAAGUCUCCAACAGGCUCCCCCCACAACCUCAAAGCCCCGUAGGCUGCCUCCCAAUAUCGUAUUGAAGAGCAGCCGAAGCAGUUUCCACAGCCAUCCCCAGAACUGGCUGUCAAAUCACAGCGAGGCCGCAGACUCUGGGCCUGCCCCUUCUUCCCUACAGGAACAAAAGAAAGCCCGCAGAGAAGCUCUGGAAAAGCUAGGCUUGCCCCAGGACCAAGAUGACCCCAGCUUGCUUGUAAAUAAGCGUACUACCUCCCUUAAAGUCAAGGCGCCUCGGGCUCAGAGCCCUUCCCAGGCCCAGGCCACGGUUCAGCAAGCAUCUCCAGCUCUGGUCCCAGGGGCUGCUUCUGCAGCAGGGAAAGCUUCCCCAGUGAAGGCUGCCACUCCUGUGGCCUCUUCAGGCAAGAGCUGGAUUCCUGCCCAGGAAACCCCUCCAGGGAAGGUUGCAGCUGCCAAGUCUCUGCCUAUUCCUAUCCCUAAAGCCUCAAAGGGAAACAGUUCCCUGACACAGCCCAAGCCUGAUCCACGACUGACCCUCCAGGAGAGUAGCAUCCCUGGCCUGAGACAGAUGAACUUCAAGUCCAAUACCCUGGAGCGUUCAGGCGUGGGGUUGAGCAGCUAUCUCUCGGCAGCUGAGAAAGACUCCAAGUGCCAAACCAGUACAUCUCUGGGAAAGAGCCCCGUCUUGGGCAAGGUUUCACCUAGUGUCUUGCGUAAUUCCCGGCCCCGGCCUGCCUCCUUGGGCAUGGGAAAGGACUUUGCGGAAAUCCAGGGGGGCAAGUUGGUUGGCCUGGAGCAGAGCCAGCAUUCCCAGCAGCUGGCCUUCCAAGGGCAGAGCCGUGACAAGCUUCCUCGACCCCCCUGUGUCAGUGUCAAGAUAACCCCAAAGGACAUUCCCGAUGGACACAGGAGGGAGGCCCUAAAGAAGCUGGGACUGCUGAAGGAGUAGCUAGGUCUCCUGCCCAGCCAGCACCAACCCACCCGAAGAGACUGGCUCUCCCUAGAGCCUUUGCGGCCUCACAGCUCAGGGCUGGCGUCUUCCCUGUCUGAGGUGAAGAAGGAAGAGGCUUGAGUCCAAGCAUGUGUUUGUACUCAAAGCAGUUGCGCUGCUGAGUACUUGCAUAGAUCGUUCUAAAGAUGUGUCUCCCAGGAGUGGGAGGGAGGAGGAGAGAGAGAGAAGCCUUCCAUAUCACUGAUACUAUGUAAAGGAGUCACUGUUCAGAGCUCUGUUCCUGGUUGAGAUUUCACAGGCAUAAAGUUCAGCCUGUCCAGAACCGAGUGGAGCCGAGUGGCCAAACCAGAGAAGAGAAGUUGAAUGAGACAGAGGAGGCAGAAAACUUAAAAAGAUGGACGGCGUCGCACACGUGACUACGGUCACAUCAGCUGUGGGAUGAGUUUCCGCAGUAGUGGAGACUCGCUCAUGUCUGCCGUGCCUCUCUCUCUCGGGGUCUUCUGGUAGUGGCCUGAGGCCAAGGGGAGCUGGUCCGGUAUCUCUUUACCCACUGCCUUUCCCUGUCGUUUCUUGCACUGUGGGCUAUAUUCAUGUCUCGAGAUCUCAUAGUUCACUGAUAGCAGGGGCACUCCCUGGUCUGAGAAAGCCGAGUAAUGGGCACCCCACACACUCGUCCAUUUCUACCUGGAAGAAACCAUGUCAUGGGCUCGAAGCAUAAUAAACUGCUGUGGCCUGUGAUUCUGGAGUUCCUGUUCUUCCUGCUUUCUGUCUCCCUGGCUGGUUUCAGGGCAGGUCAACACUGAGCUGGAAGCCCAGCCCAGCGGCUUUAUAAAUACAGAGUGGGUCAUGAAUUUCUCCCUGCUAUUCAAAAGCCUUCAGGUUCCCUGGGGGCUGGAGGGGUGGCUUCAUGGUUAAGGGUGUGUAAGGCUCUUGCAGAGGACCAAGGUUCAGUUCCCAGCGCCCAUUCACAACUGCCUAUAACUCCGUUUUCAGCUCCAGAGCACCCAGCACCCUUUUCCGGGUCCCAGGAACCCCUGCACUCACACACACUCAUACACAGACAUACGCUCAUGUAACUAAAAAAAUGAGGUUUUUUGGGAAAGUUUUCAGGUUUCCUCAGUUCCAACGAUGGAAACCCACACACACAGAGAGACUAUUAGAAUGGAAGGAAAUCUCAGAAGAGCUCCCUCCAGCCUCCUGAGAAAGGAGAGUCAUUCUGUCAUUUAGUAACAUCGUUGAAGCUGGACCCCAGGACUUGAAAUUCACACAUGAACAGCUCACCUGCUGCAGUGUCCUGUCAGCCAGAUUGCCUCUCCGUACUGCUGUCACUGCCUCCUUAACCAGGGUUCUUGUACCUUGUCUUUCUCAGAGACUCAGCACCUUCCAAAACACCAGGAUGCUGGUUUUU